CUGGCGGAAGGAAUUAAUUCAGGACAAGGCCUUGGCAUUGAGAUCAUUGCCACCCUACAACUGGUUCUCUGUGUUUUGGCCACAACGGACAGGAGGAGGACCGACGUCUCCGGAUCGGCCCCACUGGCCAUUGGACUUUCUGUAGCCCUGGGGCAUCUUCUUGCAAUUGACUACACCGGCUGUGGAAUUAACCCUGCCAGAUCUUUUGGAUCAGCUGUGGUCACUGGCAAGUUCGGCCAACACUGGAUCUUCUGGGUUGGUCCAUUACUUGGUGGAGCCAGUGCUGCCCUCAUCUACGACUUCAUCCUGGCUCCCAGGAGCAGCGAUGUCACCGACCGGAUGAAAGUCUGGACCAGCGGCCAGGUAGAAGAAUAUGACCUCGAUGCAGAUGACUCCAGAGUGGAGAUGAAACCAAAAUAAAGGAGAAUCAAAA